AUGGCCUAUCUUGAUAAGAUCAAAGACUUGCUUGCUCAGAUUAAGAAGUACAAUAUCCAACAGAUACCAAGAGAGCAAAAUGCCACAACAGAUGCACUAGCUAGACUAGCCAGCAGUGUUGUAAUGGACAAGAUAUUGUCCGACAACGGCACCCAGUUUGACAAUCAACUUUUUACGGAUUUCUGUGCCAAGCAUGACAUCACAAAAAGUUUCUCAACAGUUUCGCACCCUCAAGAAAACAAGCAAGUCAAAGCAGUUAACAAGAUUUUCAAAGACACCCUGAAGAAGCGCCUAGAACUAGCUAAACAAAACUGGCCUGAGACAUUGCCUAAGGUACUCUGGUCAUACAGGACUACCAAUCGAACAACUACUGGUGAUACCCCCUUUGCACUCCCGUAUGGGUAUGAUGCAAUGUUGCUAGUCAAGAUGACUCCACCUUCUCACAGACGUACGGUGUACAACCAGGAUCAUAACCACCAAUUACUGGCUGAGUCCUUAGACCAAAUUGAAGAAAGACGUGAAUAG